AUGAUCAUCGAGAGAUCAAAAACCCUGUGCUGUUUAUCUUUUCUCCGCGGUGCCCCGGGUUCGGUUACCUACCCACCUGAAGUGUAUACCGCUUGGUAUAUUAUUGAAAUGACGGGAAAUGUCGGUGGCGUUGACACUCUGCGGGCCCCGAUUUACUACGGCGCAUAUAAUCGGCGAUCCGAGAAACGUUUCCCCUCCGGCCCCGUUGGUUCGGAACAGUCAGAUCAUCACUCGUCUGUAUACUUAUACUUGCCGAUCGCAUUAUUGGCCACCGUCGGAUGUCCUUCCCCACUCCAAAGUCACAAAAAUAUAAUAUUAUUAUCGCAUCGGUUUUUUGAGAAAACAGCACCAAGACAUCUUCGCACGGCGGCGCGGGGUGUUGAAGUUUAA